CUUUGGGUCCUUGUCAGCUGCCGUGGUCUGGCCACCAACAACUCCGAGAACUCACAACCCUCCGGCCCUUUGUAACAAGUUACAACUCCUUGAUAAAUAUUAAAUCAACUCCUUCUCUUUUUGCCAUAAUUGUUAGUAGAACUCAUAUCUUUGGGGGAGAGCAAGGAAGAGAGGCGGAGAAAUGGCCAUUUCAACCAGUUGCUGCCUCAACGUCUGCCCUCCGACUCCAACUCAUGGUUUAGACACUUCCUCAAACUCCAAGGCAUCCCAAGUUGCAUGGUGAGUCAACAAAUAAAAGCAUACAUCCAUUAUUGUAUAGCAUGCAAGAUUGACACUUUUAUUCUGUCCAAUUCAUUUUGUUUUAGGCUGAGGGAUGAUAAAUGGAGAAAGCAAUGUGUAUUAGGAAUAGCCUGCAUGGUAAUUGGAUUACAAGUCGACAUAAGUGACAGCAACGCCAUUGCUAAAGAAAUCUCAAUUGCCACAGAAUCAAGCUCGAGUGUAUCCAGAUGGAGUGAUAAAAGAAUGUGCCCGCCAUGGCGUGUCAAUUCGCUAGAGACGAUUGUGCCGGAGAAUCUCCCGAGGCCAUCUGCUCAUAGGAGAUGGGAAGCUAUUGGUUUCUCCAAGAAUGCUGCACCAGCAGUCAAAGUGACAGUAACCAGAAAAGCAAGAAACAGUUGCUUCUCCAUGUAAUUCUACAAUGUUGUAGAUCAAAUCAACACUUGGAAAUUGUAUAUCAUCCAAAGUUAACAAAUGGUAUAAAAUUAUUAUUACUUUCAUGUUUUCUUCAGUUGAG